AUGCACAUUCUGGUUGUCAACGAUGAUGGGCCCCCAAGCACCCGCCUCUCACCCUACGUUCGCCCACUAGUCGACGAAAUCAAAGCCAAAGGUCACACCGUCUCAGUGGCGAUCCCAGCAGCCUCCCGCUCCUGGAUCGGCAAGGCGCAUCUCAUCGAAGCCAACCUGGAAGCAACCUAUGUGCACCCGGAUGCUUUCCUCCCCGACGGAACCUGGGACGAAGACUUCCAGUCCCCAAACACCGACGACGACUGGGUUGUCAUCGCCAACGGCACUCCAGCCAGCUGUGCGCAAUUAGGUCUCUACAACCUCUUCAGUGAGCGUGCGCCGGUUGACCUGGUGAUUUCGGGACCAAACCACGGCCGCAAUGCGUCAACGAUCUACAACUUGUCUUCGGGGACUGUUGGGGGUGCACUGGAGGCUGUUUUCUGUGGGAAGCGCGGAAUCGCGAUCUCCUUUGGAAGUAAGGACCCGCAGACUGAUGAGGUGAUUGCGGCAGCGGCGAGAUUGGCCGUGCGACUUGUUGCGCAUUUGUAUGAGGUUUGGGACGAGCGAGUGGAACUUUAUAAUAUCAAUGUUCCCAUGCGCGUGGAUGUUGAAGAUCAACCCGUGCUUUAUACGAGGACCCUGCCCUACUACUGGAACCGGGGCUGUUUGUAUGCGGAGGUGGGGAAGAAGUUGGUCAAUGGGCAUGGUUGUGAGACGAAUGGCGUCAAUGGUGCGCAUGCCGAGUCGCAAACGAAUGGGGUGGAGGAGCCCGUGAAGCCUAGACAGAGACAGUUCAAGUGGUCUGCCGACUUGUCUGAUAUGAAGAAGACGCUGGAAGAGAGCGAGGAGGGAACAGAUGCUCAUACCGUUCUGAACGGCUCGACCAGGUAUGAAUCCCCAAGACAUCGAUGGGCGAAACCCAUGCCCUUGUGUAGAAAACAUCUGCUGACCGUUCUAGUGUGA